ACUCCCCAGCCGGGUGACACAGGGAGGGCGCAGACUGCUGGGUUCUUCCUGCUGUUGAAAGUUCACUGGGUACUCACAGUAGAAAUUUUCUUCCUCUCUUCUUCCUCGACUGUUGUCCCCAACAUGAAGGCAACAAGUUUAUUCAUCUUUGUGGGAUUUAUAGGAGAGUUCCCAGGUUUUUCAAGUGCCCCCUCUCCAGUCAAUUGCCAGUGGGAUUCCUAUGGCCCUUGGUCAGAAUGCAAUGGUUGUACAAAGUCUCAGACUCGCAGGCGGUCAAUUGCUGUUUAUGGGCAGUAUGAUGGCCAACCUUGCGACGGCAGUGCUUUUCAAACACAAUCGUGUGACCCUACACGAGGAUGUCCAACAGAAGAUGGAUGUGGAGAGCGUUUCCGGUGUUUUUCAGGUCAGUGCAUCAGCAAAUCUUUGGUUUGCAAUGGAGAUUCUGACUGUGAAGAAGAUAGUGCCGAUGAAGACAGAUGUGAAGAAUCAGAACGCAGACAUUCCUGUGACCUUGAUAAACCUCCUCCCAACAUAGAACUUACUGGAAAUGGUUACAAUGUACUCACUGGCCAGUUUAGGAACAGAGUCAUCAACACGAAAAGUUUUGGUGGUCAAUGCAGAAAAGUGUUUAGUGGGGAUGGACAAGUUCCCUACAGACUGAGCGGAAAUAUACUCUCCUAUACAUUUCAGGUGAAAAUAAAUAAUGAUUUUAAUUAUGAAUUUUACAACAGUAGCUGGUCUUAUGUAAAGAGUACAUCAUCAAAAUAUUCAUCAUCUACCAAGGGAAAGUUUUUGUUUAUGUCUUCAUCUUCAUCUUCAUCUGGAUAUAAUUCAAAUUACAAUGCAAACCAGAAGGAAAAGAGCUAUCAAUUGUUGGUUGUUGAGAACACAGUGGAAGUGGCUCAGUUUAUCAAUAACAAUCCAGAAUUUUUACAACUUGCUGAGACCUUCUGGAAGGAACUCUUCUACCUUCCCUCUCUGUAUGACUACAGUGCCUACCGAAAAUUAAUCGACACGUAUGGGACACAUUAUCUGCAGUCUGGAUCCUUAGGAGGAGAAUACAAAGUUCUAUUUUAUGUGGACACAGACAAAAUGAAACAAAAUGGUCUCAGUUCAUUAAACAUGAAGGGAUGUUCUUCUUCAGAUAUCAAGUUUCUGUUUACAUACUCAAACAAAAAAUGCAAGAAGCUAGAAGAUGCCCUAAAGUGGGCUUCAGGAACUCAGGGCAGUACGUUGCGAGGGGACCCAUUUGUCAGAGGGGGACGCUUAAACUUGGUGUCUGGCCUGAGUUUCCUGGAGCUGGACAACCCUGCCGGAAACAAACAACGAUAUAGUUCCUGGGCAGGAUCUGUGACUGAUCUUCCCCAAGUCAUAAAACAAAAGCUGACACCUUUGUAUGAGCUGGUAAAGGAAGUACCUUGUGCCGCUGUGAAAAGGCUAUACCUGAAACGGGCUCUUGAGGAAUACCUGGAUGAAUUUGACUCCUGCCACUGCCGGCCUUGUCAAAAUGGUGGCAUUGCCACUGUUCAGGGGACCCAGUGUCAGUGCCACUGCAAACCAUACACAUUUGGUGUGGCAUGUGAACGCGGAGAACUCGUAGAGGGUGAAGCCGGAGGGGUUGAUGGACAGUGGAGUUGCUGGUCCUCUUGGGGCCCCUGUGUUCAAGGAAAGAAAACAAGGAGCCGAGAAUGCAAUAACCCACCUCCCAGUGGCGGUGGGAAAUCCUGUAUUGGAGAAACGUCAGAAAGUAGACAGUGUGGAGACGAGGAAGAGGAGCUGAAACACCUUCGAUUGCUUGAACCACAUUGUUUUUCUUUAUCUUUGGUUCCAAAGGAUUUCUGUCCAUCACCUCCUGCCUUGGAACAUGGAUUUGUUCAAGGUGAAGAUUCCAUGUUUCCUGUUGGGAAAAACAUAGUAUAUACCUGCCUGGAAGGCUACUCUCUUAUUGGAGACCCUGUUGCCAGAUGUGGAGAAGAUCUACAGUGGCUUGCUGGGGAAAUGCAUUGUCAGAAAGUUGCCUGCGUUCUACCUGCACUGAUGGAUGGCAUACAGAGUCAUCCCCUCAAACCUUUCUACACAAUUGGCGAGAAGGUGACCUUUUCCUGUUCAGGUGGCAUGUCCUUAGAUGGUCCUUCAACAUUUCUCUGUGGAUCCAGCCUUAAGUGGAGUCCUGAGAUGAAGAAUGUCCAGUGUGUGCAAAAAGAAGCCCCUUUAACACAGGCAGUGCCUAAAUGUCAGCAUUGGGAGAAACUGCAGAAUUCAAGAUGUGUUUGUAAAUUACCCUAUGAAUGUGGAUCCUCCUUGGGUGUAUGUGCUCGGGAUGAGAGAAGCAAAAGGAUAUUGCCUCUGACAGUUUGCAAGAUGCAUGUUCUCCACUGUCAGGGUAAAGCUUACACUCUGAUGGGUAGUGAGAGCUGUACUCUGCCUGCCUCAGCUGAGAAAGCUUGCGGCCUGUGUCCAUUGUGGGAAAAAUGUGAUGCCCAGGGCAGCAAAUGUGUCUGCAGAGAAGCAUUGGAGUGCGCAGAAGAAGGGAUUAGCAUCUGUGUGGAAGUGAACGGCAUGGAGCAGACGAUGACGGAGUGUGAGGCUGGCACCCUGAGGUGCCGAGGGCAGAGCAUCUCCAUCACCAGCUUGAGGCCCUGCGAGGCGGGAGCCCCCUAGGCUCCUGGAUGCCCAUAGGCUUGCGCGAAAUCCAGCAGCCCACUGUGUCUGAGUGAAAACACUCUCCUAACUCAGCACUUUAGACAACUUCUCCAGCACAGAGGCACAUUCCUCUCCUUCCCCUCCCGGGUCCACUUCUCCCCUGAACUUCUGGCAACCUGCAUAAACACGACCCUUUGUUCUCCCAAA